UGACCCGCAUUGCACUUGAAUAACAACACACUUGAAAAUAAAUAAAACAUCAUUUGCAUUUGAAACUAGGACAUGACGCUUUCAAUGUUCAGUGAUAGCGCGCAAGUUUUGGACAGCCAAAAGCUCCUCAUGCGGCAGAAAUCCAAAACCUCCAGUGGAUCACAACCAAACAACAACAAGAACAAACGCCUCGACCAUACAAGGUUGGCCACAGACGGCAAUCAUAAAUUGCGAGCAGUUGCAGAAAUCAAAUAAAAAAGCCAGUUUACCGUUCCAAAGGCGAGCGGAGCACACGCGAGCUGCUCGAGUGGGCGGAGCCUAAAAGCAGAUCAGCAGCGAAUGCCUUUUUGAUCUUUCUUUUCUUUUUUUUUCUUCUCCAAUCUCCCUCGAGCAAACACGGAGAGGACGUCUCACUUGUGUCUGUCUACACGCGACAGUCAUGGGGAAGCUCCAACUUUUUGUCUGCAUUUAUCUUUCGGCUCUGGUGACGUCACAAGCCAUUAACGUAAAGUGCCAGGAAAAUUAUGAUUUCCCCCCGACAAGUGAUCGCAGUCCUUCGCUGCUGGCAGACUUGAAGCUCGAUCUUGUCAAAGUGUCGGGAAAAGACAUGAUGAACGUAAGCUGGGCGAUCGACAUUGACGCAAGCAUUAAAUAUCUGAUUGGCACACGCAUUAUUGGGAAAGCAGUCCACCUCUGUGAAUACGUUCCACCUUUGGCUGAGUCUAACCUCACGGGGAUACGUCAGUUAUGGUUUCAUUACUUAGUGAAGGAAAGCUACGGCUCCUUGAUCCUUGUGAGCAACCUUCCUUUGCCGCCGCUUGGGAGCGACUUGUCGUACAAGUUAGCGAAAAUCGUCAAAAAAUCCACUCGGCCCACACAGAGCAAGUACACUUUGAUUGAAAUGUCUCGCACCGAAGCCGAAGCCGAAGCCGAAGCCGAAGCCGACUCGCUUUCCAACAGGUCAGGGAGGUAUGUCGUGAUAACAAUACUGACGACGGCCAUUAACGAAUGCGAAAUACGUUUCGUUCCAGCUAAGAUCACUGAUAUCACGACAGCGAAUCCCAUUACAGAUCCUAAAGACGCCUUCAACCGCAUAUUGGUGAAGGUUUAUUUGGGACUGGCUGCUGCGAUGAUCUUAACUUCCGGAUACAUUAUCUAUAAAAGGUGUGGGACGAACUCGUCCUCAUCAGCGGGGCUUAAAAGCUUAGCGACCUCAGCCGAGGUUCCCGUCCGUGUCCUCUUGGUGUACCCCCCUGAGAACGGAGCCUUCCAGAAGGCCACGAUGGCCUUGGCAGAAUUCCUGCAGAGCCACGCGGGAUGCAGCGUUGCCAUCGACGUGUGGCAGCAGAACAGGAUCGCGCACGUCGGUCCGAUGCGCUGGCUGGCCGAACAAGUCGAAGCUGCGCGGCGCGUCCUCGUCGUCUGCCCGCCGUCCUGUCACCCUCCUCCCAUCACCGUCUCCGCCUCCACGGGGGGGACCAACAUACCAGCUGCAGCUCACGACCUUUACCCUCUGAUCCUCAACAUGGUGGCGAGUCACGCUAAGAGUGCUCGCGAGCUUGCUAAGUUCUGGGUGUUGCAGCUCGGCGAGCAGCAAGAUAAAAGGUGCAAUAACCUGGCUCCAGAACUGAGGGCCUGCGAGCUGUUUUGUUUGAUGAAAGAUCUCAGCAAACUGUGCCACACACUUCACACUCACGAACAAAAUGCUAAAACGAGGUCAACUCCUGUCUUCGGACCGGGAAUAAUCGACGAUAGAACCAGCGUGUUGAAGUUAAGAGACUCUGUAGAGAAACUAAGUGGAUGUUGUUUACUGAUUUCCAGAGAAGCUGCAGCGGUCAAUUCUGUCAUCAUCUCUGUUUGAAAAUUUUCAAUAAAAUGUAUGGACUAACAUUAAGAAUACACACACACACAUAUAUAUAUGCAUAUAUA